GUCUUUAGAGAGCAUUGUUGAUGUUUCGAGUCAGCCGUGUAUGAACUGCCGACAGUCGAGACCGACCGAUAAUGAGUGAACUAUGUCUUUGAUGAGAUGAAGAAUAGAAGAACGCGAAGUCGUGGGAGACUUGUCGGUAGUUGAGAACGUUAAGUACCAUCUAACCUAAGGGUUGAUGAUAAGGGCAUCAUCGAACCAGAGAAAUUAUUUAAGACGCCGCUCAAGUCCACAUUGUCAACUCACUCAACCAUCGCAACAUCUUCAUUCACACUCAGAUUCACUUCUCUACUCGAAAACAAGUCACUCACAAUGGCUCGCUUCAUCCUCAUCCUCGCCGCCCUGGCCACCGCUGCCUUCGCCAGCAACACCGCCGACAAGGCCCUCGAAAAGACCACCUUCAAGGUCAGCGAGGUCACCUACAAGGUCGGCGAAGUCUCUCAAUGCAUCACCCUCUCCCACCUCCAGGCUCUCGGCCAAACCUUCACCAACCUCAACGCCACCGGCGACUACAAGCUCCCCGAGAUCCCAACCACCUACAUUAACGAUCCCACCGCUUGUAUUCCCGAGUCUCUCUUCGACCAGUACUUUGAGCCCAUCGUCGCUGUCUCUAAGGAGCAGAACCUUCUUGAGGCCUUUGACGCUGAGAAGGUCCACAGCCGUGAUCUUGAGGUAUUCAAGCGCGCUCGCAACUGUCCUCAGAUUAAGGAUGCUGCUCUUGGCCGUGUUCAUUCUUGGAGCUGUGAUAGUGCUCCUCAUCCUUCUUCUUGCCGAUCUUGCGCAAACUUUUCUUCUAUCAACUUUGUCGCUGCUUGUGUUGCUUGCGCGGCUAAGGCUAAUCAGGAGAGUAUCUUCUGCUGUGCUGCCGCGGCUACUACCUUUGCUACCUACUACUCUCAGGUUUGCCUUGAGAAAUCACUUGGACAGCCUUGGCCGUCUUACCCCAAGAAGAUUAUUACCAAGAUCACCAGCAUUCACAUCCCUGCUUUAUCAGGCGCCUCAACAGAGUCUGGGAAGGCAAAAGAAACCGGCCGUGACUCUACAGGCACUCCUCCAGGAACGUCACCUGUGUCUCAAGGCAGGUUAUCGGCUGGUUUGCAGCCUGCUUCAGCAUCGUCGAUAUCCGGGCCUUCAGCGAAUGUCGCAGCUACCAUAGCUCCUCUAUCAGGAAAUGUAUCGGUUGGAUCUUCAGCCCCAAGGGCUCCACAUGGCGUUCCCGUAUUCGACACUGAGCAUGCUUCCGAUGCUUACCAAAGACAAUUUCAACAGCUUUGGAAAGAAGCAAUUGAUAAUGCCAAAACAUCGAAAGACGGUGAAAAGUUGGCAGAAGUCAUUCAAGUUCAGGAACAAGUUUCUGCAAAAUGUGCUGAAAUGACUCCAACAGCCUUGAUAAAGAGACUGGAAAAUGAAAUGAAGCGUGCUGGCAUGCAGAAAAAGAUGGCUGAAGCGAUGGAAAAGAUUGUUCCGCAUCUCAAUCGAUUCGCCGUUGUUGGCGAUAUCACUGUCAGCACAAAUCCCAACCCCGCUGCCUUGCCAUGGGCCGCUGUACGGUUCCUUCUUCUGAAUCUUACUGCUGGCGAAGAGAUCAGAGGCAAGAUUGUUGAAGGCAUCGCUGAAAUCGCCAUUCUAAUCUUUCAGUGCAACGUUUACCACGAACUUUACCUAGCUUCGUCGGCUUCCAGAGACCUUCCUAUCAAUAAAAGCCUCCGUCAGACAAUUAUUGAUGCUAUGUCUCAGUGCAUAAGGUUCCUUGGAUUUACUCUCCGUCGCCAACAAUCAGCAGCAAGGGCUCUAACAGAUGCCUUUCGCCUGGAGGACUUUUCUGGAUAUUUGAAAGACCUCAGUGUUACGAAAGAUAAGUUACAUGAUGCUGGUUCGUUAUGUGAGAUACAUCAUAGCUCUCAAGGUCGAGAUCGACUCAAGUCUUUGCACGAUUUGAUGAUCGAAAUGAGGCUUGAAUCUAGUGGGAGGGCGGAAGAGAAGGUCAAGGCGCAGCUCAGAGAUCUUCUCACCGACCCAAAGGACGUUUUUGAUCAUAUUUAUCAUCCACGCGACUCUUUCUGUCUUGAGGGAACGCGAGUACAAGUUCUCAGCGACAUCGAACAAUGGGCGUAUGAUCCCCACAGUCCAACCAUCUGCUGGCUUUCAGGUCUUGCUGGGACAGGCAAGAGUACUAUUUCCCGUACUGUUUCUCGCAACCUGAAAAGCAACCCCCUCGGAGCCAGCUUCUUUUUCAAGAAAGGUGCGGGCAAUCGAGGAAAUGGCCGACAUUUGUUCUCCAUACUUGCAUAUCAACUCGUCUUACACUUGCCUCACAUCCUUCCCUAUAUCUUGAAGUCAGUGAAGGAAGAUCACUCGUUAGCCAUGGCACCUAUUCAGAUCCAAUGGCAGAAGCUGAUCCAAAAUCCACUUGUCAAACUGCAAGACGAGGGGCUCACCAUACCUAUUGUUUUCGUUCUCGAUGCCUUGGAUGAAUGUGAUGAACAAGAUCGUGGAGAGAUCCUUCGUCUGCUGCUGACGAGUUGUCCAGUAAUACUGAGAGUAUUUAUCACAAGCAGACCAGAGCUUGACAUCAUAGGCCAUUUUGCCGAUGAAUCACGUCAUAGAGAAAUCGUGCUUCACAAACUCGAAAUCGGAACUAUAGAAAACGACUUCCGUGCAUUUGUCAAGCAGACCCUGAGCGCUUUUGUGGUCCAACAUAAUCGCACUCACCGCCAAAAACAUCUUCAGUUGGCACCAGACUGGCCUGGAGAUGAACGAUUCCAGUUACUGCUUCACAAGGCUCUGCCGUUGUUCAUCGCAGCUGCAACUUCCGUGCGCAUGAUUCGCGAUAGACACUGGGCGAAAAGUCCUGAUUACAAGAUUGACUUUAUCAUCGACAAGUCUACAAACGUCAACUCUGAGUAUGAGGCUUUAUACAAGCCUGUCCUGGGCCUCAUACUUAGUGGUGCGCCUGAUGAAGACCAGGAUGAAGUCAAGCAGAGUUUUGUUGAUAUUAUUGGUUCUCUUGUGCUACUUGCUAGUCCUCUACCGAUAACUUCACUGGCUAACCUUCUCGGUAUUGAUGUUUGGGAUAUAUCCAGCCGCAUCGAUCCACUUCGUUCGUUGUUCCAUCUUUCGUUCAGAAAUUAUAUCCUCAGGAAGUCCGCUGGAGAUCUCCAGGUGAAUGAAGUGGAGACACAUGCGAACCUGGCAAGCAGAUGCCUGAACCUCAUGCGAGGAACGUUGAAGGCUGAUAUCUGUGGGCUUAUACCACCAGGGAGGAGUCGCUCAGAUAUUGAACCAUCUGUUAUCGAUGAACAUCUACUUCUGGAGCAAAUUCGAGACGAUGAUGACGCGUACAGCUUUUUUCAUUGUUUCUUUACGAACUGGCUCGAGGUACUAUGUCUACUCAGAAGAGUUGAUUAUUCCCUUCUGAUGCUGCAAGAGUUGCAGAGUAUAGUUGAUGGGACUGCUGGGACAGAAAUACUGCAGUUCAUCCAAGAUGUAAUACAGUUCAUUCGCUCCUUCCGCGCUGGUAUGGAGCAAACUCCCCUUCAGCUAUACCACUCCGGAACUAUCUUCAGCCCUAAAGCAAGCAUCGCUCCCAGUCCACUCGAAGACCGUCAAUACCCCGAAUACAUCAUACAGCCCAUCAACAUGAAUUUCAACUGGCCACAAAAUCAAACUCUUGAGGUCCUUGAUGACAGACUCUCACAGAUGGCCUUUCUGCUUGACAACAAGCUGGCGUCGAUUUGCUGCAUGGAGGAGCUUAGGAUUUGGGACCAAAAGUCAUGUUCUUGUCUGCACAGACUAGAUCAAGGUUUUAAAUGGGGCUCCAUCACGAUUCUCUCGUGGUAUAGAAGCAGAACAAUAGCAGUGGGAUGGCCUGAUAUAGGUUGUUCUGGUACUGAGACUAUCGCAUUCUCUGAUGAUGGAAAGUUUACGUGCUCGAUCUGUACGCGGGAUUUUGAAUGUGUCGCGUUUAUCCACUGUCUAGACACAGGGAAGCGUAUUUCUGAGUUCGAGGUACCGGACAAACCACGUCCCAUCCUCCUGUCGCCGCAAGGUCAGUGGAUAGCAGCUAUUGCUAAGGAGUCCAUGCUCCUCUCGAAAUGGAGUCCUUCUACGGAACCGUCCUGGACCGUACUAGACCCUCAGCAUGAGCAUGACAUACUGGCUUUCUCGACCGACGGCGCAUUGGUCGCCUCAUUAUCAUCGACAUCGAAAAUAGUCAAGGUAUGGAUCACAGAAUCACGCGAAUGUCUUCAUAUACUUGAUUUUGAGGCACCUAUUGUCCAUGACCAACUCGCUCUGACAAAGGACUGGUUGGUGGUCAGUCUUGACAGCUAUCUAACUUUUGUUAUGGAUAUGAAGACAGGAGCGGUGUCCAAGAUCGUGAGCAGUCACUUCAAAGCGGGGCCCGUUAUUUCAGACGACGGUACCUUGCUCGCGGGACAAUCGCUAGAUGGAGCCGUCAGAAUAUGGGACCUUACAUCCAAGGCCUUCACAGAAAACGCCACCGAACAACUCAUGGGGAUGGAAUUGGUGGCUCCUAUUGCAGAUGAUAACACUAUACUCUCGCAUAGCUGGGGAAUAGUCAAGAUCUGGGAUAUGGAGAGUGGAACCUGCAAAGAGACACUUGAACCAGAAGUCCCGUUGAUGACCCAGACAUUUGUAGCCGCUGCAACUGAUGCACCGGUAUUUGCCACACUGAAAGAAACAACGGUCGAGAUUUGGAAUAUUGACCCUCUACGUCAUAUCAAGACAUUACAGCGGGAAUUCAGUUGUCUUGGGGAGCGUUAUUACUGUCUAGCCAUUUCUGCCAACGGCGAACGACUGGCUAUUGGAUCUUCAGAGCCAGGUUCAGUUGAGAUCUGGGAUGAGUAUAAUGCAGUUCUUGAGCAUACACUUGAAGUUCCUUUGAUGGACUUUCCUUGCAUCGCCAUUUCACCCGAUGGUGCAAAGAUUGCAUACUUUCUCAUGGAAAACAUUGAGAUUCGCUGUCUUCCUGUGCUUGAGACACUCACAGUUGCGACUGAUAGGUACCCGAAAGUGUCAUACUUGCGCACUCUCGCUUUUCGUGAUGGACGACUCAUAGGAAUGUAUAUGAACACCCAAGUGCAGGUCUGGGAUGCAUCUACGGGAGGAUGUCUAUUCUUGUCGCAGCCAUGUCCAGAGCUCAGGAUGUUCAAUUUGGCGACUAACUUUCUCGAUACUGAUGUCAUUGCCCACUCAGGUCACAGAGGGGCAGACGACAUUUUAGGGCCAUUUUAUAUCGGUCAAGAUCCUGCUUGGGUUAUGAAGAACGGUGAGAAGAUUCUGUGGCUACCACCAGAUUACAGACCGGAAUCUGUGUACGUUUCAGGAACGACGAUGGUCCUUGGAACUUUUUCUGGGCGUGUAUUAUUCCUGUAUCUAUAG